CAUUGACAAUUUCUCUUCUUAUCUCCAAACUUAUUAACUCUCUCCAAUCUUCUCAUAUCUUUCUAACAUAUCCAACCUAUUCACUUUUAACACACAACAAAGCAAUGUCUGCAGAACAAGUUCUAAUGUUGUUAGAUUCUUUCUGGUUUGAAACUACAAUUCUCACCAACAAAAGAUCUUCAAAUUGUCAGACAAAACUAGAACAAACUCUUCCUCAAGAAGACACAAAGUUCUUAGUUCCAACUACAAAUCUAGAUGUUAGGUUCUACGGUGAACAAAAUUUGAGUUUCACAGGCUCAGUUUUCUCCGACUCUCCAUCACCAAAUUCUGUCCUCACUUCAUCUAAGCUUCGAACAAUCCCUUCUGAGAGAGAAAUCAUAGAAUUCUCAAACGGGACAAGCACCAAAAAGAAAGAUAUAAACAAGAAAAAACAGAGCAACAGUCACAAUCAGAGAAGAAAGAGAAGUAAAAGUAGGAGUUUAUCAGAGCUUGAGUUUCAAGAAGUAAAAGGAUUUAUGGAUUUGGGUUUUGUGUUUUCUGAGGAAGACAAAGAUUCAAAACUGGCCUCAUUGAUACCUGGUUUACAAAGACUAGGAAAAGAAGAUGAUGAACAGAAGAAGAUCGAUGAAAGUGAUGUAUCUGAUGAGAAGCCUUAUUUAUCUGAGGCAUGGGAUUUGGUAGACCUAAGGGGGAGAAGAAAUCCAUUGGUGAAUUGGAGGGUACCAGAAAAGGGUAGUGAAAUUGAUAUGAAACAUAAUCUGAAAUUCUGGGCUCAUACUGUUGCAUCCAUUGUUGGUUAGAUAACAAGGACCAUAAAAAGUUGUUAUUUUCUAGUGGAAAGUUGUUUCAUGUAAUUUUAGAUUUUAACUGGAAUCAUCAAUGUACAUAUUCUUACAGUUUUUCUUA